AUGUCCAAGUUUAAAUUUACAGAUUUGAAGUCGAUUCCUGGCAAGAUUGAGCUUGCUAAGCAGUUUUACAGGUCUCGACAAGCCAGGUUAGCCCAAAGCAAGUCCCCUAGGGCUACUGAUAUCAAUGAGAGGAUCAGGAGUUUGCAGAAGCUUUACUGGGCAGUGAAGGAUAAUGAGGAACGUCUUAUUGCAGCAGCAAGUAAGGAUUUCCAUAGGGCAAGAAGUGAAACGCUUACUAUUGAAUUAGUCCCCUUGUACAACAAUAUCCUUUAUUUGAUUAAAAACAUGAAGAAAGAGAUCGAACCAAAGAAGAUUAAGGUUAGUUUACUUGCACAUUGGUUCGGUACGACUUUCGUGGAAAAGAUCGCAUUGGGGACCGUUCUUGUCAUUUCUCCGUUUAAUUUCCCCAUAUUAUUGGCAUUGGAUCCAUUAGCUGGAGCCAUCGCCGGUGGUAAUUCCGUGGUGUUCAAACCUAGUGAAUUGACACCAGCAUGUGCUGAAGUAAUGGAAGAGAUAUGUAAUGAGGCGUUUGAAAAGGGUCAAGUGGAGACGGUGCAAGGUGGCGCUGAAGAAACAAGUGCUUUAGUCGAAUCCGGUAAAUUCGAUAAGAUAUUUUACACUGGAUCUACGACCGUUGGGACAAUCAUAGCAGAGAAGGCUGCUAAGAGUCUAACACCAUGUGUAUUAGAACUUGGUGGGAAGUCUCCAGUGUUUAUAUCCCCCAACUUGCCUAAAUCACAAUGGGAGACUGCAAUAAGAAGAAUUUAUUACAGUUCUAUGGGGAACGCAGGUCAGAUUUGUGUCGCCGCAGAUUAUGUCCUAUGCCCUGACUCGAUCUACGAUGAGUUUGUUGAUUCUUGCAAGAAAGUAUUGAAUGAGUUUUACCCUUCUGUCACCUCUGACACUGAAUAUACUCACAUGAUUCACGAAAGAGCCUACAAUAGGAUUCAAACCGUCAUUGAGACCACUAAGGGUCAAAAAACUGUUGCUCAACAUUCAGACAAUCUCCCACCGUUAUGUAUCCCACCCACCAUAAUCUCAGACGUUUCUUGGGAUGAUCCAAGUAUGACCGGUGAGAAUUUUGGACCCAUCUUACCUAUCAUGAGAUAUACUGAUUUGGAUGAAACCAUCGAUACUCUCAUUAAAAGAUUCGACACACCUCUUGUCCAAUAUAUUUUUACUAAUUCAAAGGAUGAAAUUGAUCACAUCUUGACAAGAAUUAGAUCUGGUGCUUGUGUUGUUAACGACACAUUGCUUCACGUUGGUAUCGAAGAGGCUCCUUUCGGUGGUAUAGGAACCUCGGGUUACGGUAAUUAUCAUGGCCCUUAUACCUUCAAGACGUUCACUCAUGAAAGAACUAUAUUCAAACAACCAUUUUGGGUGGACCUCUUGAUAUAUGUUAGAUAUCCUCCGUUUGAUAAACUCAAUACGAGGAUUUCUCAGAUAUCUUUAGAGGAUAAACCAAACUUUGACAGAAAUGGCCGCAGAAUUUAUGGCAUUAAGAAUAUUGGCAUCAUCUUAACGUCUGGUGUAUUAUUGGGAUUCUUAAUCAAUGCCAUGAUGUGA